AUGGCUGCUACUUCUAAUAAACCCUCUGCCGCUUCACAAGAGAACACCAUCAACAACAAAGUUUCAAUAUUCAUGAAAGAGAAGAAUAUUUCAAACUCCGAAAUCUCAACCUUCAAGCUCUCUGAGGAUGCGUCCGUUCACGUGUCGAAGUUGAAAGAACAUGAUUUUUUCAACCAUGCAAAGAAUCCGGCGAUAGGUUCAUCUUCAUUAAGUUUGGCUAAUAAUAAGUCUAACAAUGCCGAAAAUAUUAAAAAAGAGUCUUCAAACAAUUUUUCAUGCAACUUUUGUAAAAGACAGUUUUCUACUCCGCAAGCUUUAGGAGGACAUCAAAACGCCCAUAAAAAAGAGCGCGAACUCGCAAAACAUCGCCAAGAGGUAAAUAAUAAUUUUGGAAUUCCUCGUUAUCCUUUUCCUUACUACACUAAUUAUCCUAGUCUUUCUACAACUCUUUAUCAAGGAUUUAGAUUUGGACCUUAUAAUAGAGCACUUGGAAUUAAUAAGGGUUCUAUGAUUCACAAGCCAAGGCCAAAUUAUUCAUGGACCUCACCUCUUUUUAAGUCAUGUUCUUCUUCUGUGUGGACACCAAAGCAAGAGUUGAGAAACUUUUUUGCUAUUGAUGGGUUGAAGAGUGAGAGCCUUGAUGUAAAUAAUGGAAAUAAUAUUGUGGCUCCAACUUUAAGAAAUAUGCUAAAUUUAGAAGAUGAUAUUGGAAAGUCUUCUAUAAAUAUUGCAGUGAAGUCAAACUCAGUGGAACUGGAUUCAAUUAGAAUUGGCACAAGUGGUGAUAAUCAUGGUACUAACAAAGAAGAAGUCUCUGAUUCUAAAUCUUUUGAGCUUGAUUUGUCACUUAAGCUUUAA